AUGUCUGUCCUCCAGGGCGUCCUCUCCCAGGUCCUCAGCUGGACCGGCCUUUGUCAGAUCCUGUGUGCAGCCGGUACCGGGCUGGUUGCCGUGGCUGCAGCGUGGACGGUGAGGUUGUUGGCUCGUCACGCCUGGUUCACACACAGACUGUCGGGCUUCAGCAGGCCGCAUGCAGACUCCUGGCUGAUAGGCCACCUGGGCCAGAUGAAGAGCACGGAGGAGGGUCUCCUCCAGGUGGACAACCUGGUGCAGAGGUACAAACACUCCUGCAGCUGGUUCAUGGGUCCUUUUUAUCACCUGGUCCGAGUCUUCCACCCUGACUACGUCAAACCUCUGCUCAUGGCGCCCGGCAGCAUUACAAUGAAAGACGAGCUUAUCUACGGUCACCUGCGUCCGUGGCUUGGACAGAGUCUGUUGAUAAGUAACGGGGAGGAGUGGUUUCGCAGGAGGCGGCUGCUCACUCCUGCGUUUCAUUUCGACAUCCUGAAGAGCUACAUCACCACUUUCAACACCUCGACCAACACAAUGCAUGAUAAAUGGCGGCGCCUGGUGGCAGAGGGCAGCAGCAACGUGGAGAUGUUCGACCAUGUCACUCUGAUGACUCUGGACAGUUUACUCAAAUGUGCCUUUAGCUACAGCAGCAACUGUCAGGAGUCGAGCAGUGAGUAUGUGUCGGCCAUAGUGCAGCUCAGUGACCUGAUCAUCGAGCGCCGCCAAAAGAUUUUACAUCACUGGGACUGGAUUUACUGGAAAUCCCAGCAGGGGAAACAAUUCAAACAGGCCUUAAGUGUCGUGCACAGGUUCACGAGGGACGUGGUUCAGAAGCGCCGUGCCCUCAUCAGCCAGCAGAGGGAGACUGAAACUGAUUCCACCCCCGGGUCGCAGAGUAAGAAGGACUUCGUGGACCUCAUACUGCUGUCAAAGGAUGAGGAUGGACAAGGCCUCACAGACGAGGAGAUACAGGCGGAGGCCAACACCUUCAUGUUUGCCGGUCACGACACAACAGCCAGUGCGAUUUGCUGGACGCUGUACAACCUAGCGCGCCAUGCCCACUACCAGGAGCAGUGCAGGCAGGAAGUGAUGGAAGUGAUGCGAGGACGAGACGGACGUGGACUCGAGUGGGAGGAUCUGUCCAACCUCAGCUUCACCACCAUGUGCAUCAGAGAGAGCCUCCGACUCCACUCUCCUGUUCUGGCCGUAACCAGGAAGUACACCCAGGACAUGGAGCUGCCGGGGGGGCGCACCGUUCCAGAGGGUGCCAUCUGUUUGGUCAGUAUCUACGGAACCCACCACAACCCGGCAGUCUGGACCGACCCACAGGAGUAUAAUCCUUUGCGUUUCGACCCGUCCAACGCAGCAGGUCGAGCGUCUCACUCCUUCAUCCCCUUCUCCUCGGGCCCCAGGAACUGCAUCGGUCAGAAGUUCGCCCUGGCAGAGCUGCGGGUCGUGGUGGCGCUGACCCUCCUCAGGUUCCGCCUGACCCCGGGGGUGAACCCGGAACUGGGCACCAGCUCGGGAGGCGUCCGCCGCCUGCCCCAGCUCGUCCUGCGGGCCGAGGGGGGCCUGUGGCUGCAGCUGGAGCCUCUGGCUGCAGAGGAGGGGGCACAGGCUGAAUGAUGACUCAGCUGCUGCUUUACGGCACAGAAACACGCUGGAGAGUUUAACACUGUUCCUGUAACUGUGUGUG